AUGGUCCGAACAUCAUCAUCCAAGGCUGCCAACACCCUUGCCGAAGCCUUGUGCCCCUGGGGCAGAUUCCAGAAGCAAAGUCUGAAAGCACCUGGAGGCGCCAAGGUUCGACGAUCGGCAGAUCAAUUGACGUGUGAGGUUGCGAAUCAAGGGCAAAAACGCCCUAUCUCAACUGCAAUGAGGAAAACCGAGCCGAAACGAGGCCAGGCGGAGGAAGGCAGCGCAGACCGCACUCCAGUAGAGACCGCAAGGGAUCGGCUAUUUGGCUUCGGAGGCAAAUACGGUGGGAGGAGGGUGAACUAG